UCCGAGUGGGCUGUCCACGCUGUGAGGUCCGGGGAGAAACCCGGCGGCGGGGUCGCCAGCAGCCUGCAGGGCGCGGAACCCGGUGCGUCCGCGCAGGGGGAGGCCAGUUUGGGGUGGGUGGCGCGCUCGCCUCUGCAAGGCUGGGAUGCUGCAGCCCCUGGCCGGGCAAUCGGGGACCGUGCGACCCGGGGAUGGAGCGACCCUCCGGACUGGGCGACCCCUGGGACAGGCAACUCUGGGGCCGUGCGACCUCCAGGACGGUGCUACCCCCGAGAACCUGCACUGCCUGCGGUCCCGCCCGGGAGGGUCGGCUGGGCGGGGAGGGGGCGGGCGGCGCCGGCCAAUCCGGAGCGCGGGCCGCCUCCCCACGUGGUCCCACCCGGAGGGCACAAGAGCGGCGGCCGCUUUUACACUGCCCGCGGGACGGCCCGGAGCCUGGAGCCGGACGAGGAGCCGGACCUUGGCGCCCGCAGGGUCGCGAUGGAUGGAGCCCAGUCCUGAGAGGCCUGCAUGCAACCGGCAGGAGCCGACCCUGGGAAUGGACGCGAUGGCCUCAGAACACAGGGAUGUCCUCAUGCUGCUGCCCAGCCAGGAGCAGCUACGGCUGGCCGUGGGGGUGAAGGCCACUGGCCGGGAGCUUUUCCAGCAAGUGUGCAACGCGGUGAGCAUCAGAGACACCCAGUUCUUUGGCCUCUGUGUGGUCAGAAACAAUGAGUAUGUAUUUAUGGAUUUGGAGCAAAAGCUCAGCAAGUACUUCUCAAAAGAUUGGAAGAAAGAAAUAUGUGAAGAAAAUGAGAAACCCAGAGCCCCCUUCGUGGCCUUCCUCCAGGUGCAGCACUACGUGGAAAACGGAAGGGUCAUAAGCGACCACAGGGCACGGCACCUGUACUACUGCCACCUGAAGGAGCGUGUGCUGAGGUCGCAGUGCGCCCACCGGGAGGAGGCCUACUUCCUGUUGGCCGCCUGUGCGCUGCAGGCUGACCUGGGCGACCACCGGGAGCCGGCCCACGCCGGGAGGUACUUCGAGCCACACUCCUACUUCCCACAGUGGAUCAUCAACAAGAGGGGGAUUGACUACAUCCUCCGGCACAUGCCCGCCCUGCACCGUGAGCGCCAGGGCCUGAGCCCCAAGGAGGCCGUGCUGUGCUUCAUCCAGGAGGCCUGCCGGCUGGAGGACGUACCCGUGCACUUCUUCAGGCUGCACAAGGACAAGAAGGAAGGUCACCCCACCGUGAUCCUGGGACUGACCCUCAGGGGAGUGCACAUCUACCAGGAGGUGGACCGUGCCCCGCAGCUGCUGUACGACCUCCCCUGGCCCCACAUUGGGAAGCUGGCAUUUCUGGGGAAGAAGCUGGAGAUCCAGCUGGACGGGCUGCCCGCGACACAGAAGCUGGUUUACUACACGGGCUGCACCUGGCGCUCAAGGCACCUGCUGCACCUGCUGCGCACCAGCCACCAGCUCCACCUCCGCGUGCGGCCCACACUGGUGCAGCUGCGGCAGCGGGAGGAGGCAGAAGGGAAGCAGCGCUACCGGGAGUCCUACAUCAGCGAUGGGCUGGAGCUGGACCCGGACAGCAGGGGCUCCCCGGGCAGCGGGGUCAGCAGCCAGCACUGCCCUCACCGCCUCUCACGCCACUCCACCGACAGCCAUGGCAGCUCCCACACGUCAGGCAUCGAGGCCGACUCCUGGCUCAGGGAAUCCAGAGAGAUGUCUGUGGACACACCCCUGGAGGUCCAGGGGCUGCAUGAGAAGGAGCCAUCCUCCAGCUCCAGGACCAGCCGCAGCCACCCCAGCACAUGUGGUGACAGCCAAGGCACUCGCCAGGAACCCUGCGCCAAGGUCAGGACCAGAGGCCAGAGCACCGAGGCUGUGCACCAGAUCUGGGAAAUGAAAGCCGGGGUCAGUGAGGAGCCGCACAGCCGCAGCCUGGACGACACACGUCUGCACCAGCUGGCCCUGUACCCAGCGCCCACCUCACUCAGCCGUACCUUCCACUGUGCCCCAGACUGCGGGCUGGCAGCCCCCUGCGAGAACAGAGCCACUCUCCCCAGCAAGAGGUCCAGCAACUGCCUCACCCUGGACCUGUUCGGAGAGGCCCCACCCCUACAGGAGUUUGUGGUGUAGGCGCCAUCCACCCAGCAGCGCUGUCUGCAGCGCCAGGCUCAGCCCCCGCCCACCCCACUGCCACGUGGCCCUCGGCCCUUCCUGCCCGCCGGACACUGCCCACACCUCUGCAGCCAGCACGCUCCACAGGUUCACCUGUAAGAGGUGUGGAGUGGCUCUGACAUCAACCUUGGAGGUGACAAACAGGUCCCGCACCUCAUCCCUGUCCUCAGUGCACCCAGGAGCUCCUUCCAUCGGGGUCUCCGGGGAGCAGGUUCAAGGUCUGGCUGUCGAGUGUCCAGAGAGCCAUGGUGUUGGCCCCUGGGGCAGCCUGUCACCCAUCCUAGUCUGGGAGAGAAGGUGACGCAGCUGGGCCCAGACCCUGGAGAGAGAGCUCUGCAGUUUCCCACACUGCCAGCUCCCCGGGAGACAGCUCCUGAGCCAGAGUUCACCGUGGUCAUCACUGUGCAGGACCCAGGCUGCUCCUAGACCUGAACCCCUCUCUGCAACUCCUGUUCGCCAGCACUGGGCCUGCCAGACAGAGGCCCUUCUUGAGGUGCAAGCCCAGCUCUGUCACCUGAGAUCCAGCCAGAGACCCUCCUCCACCAUCCGCAGUCAAUGGCUGUGCUUUCCCUUCCCGGUCAGGGCUUCCAAAGACCCCACUGCCCCGGAGCUGAUGCUGACUCUGCUCCCAUCUCAGCCAUGAGGCCUCGGGACCCGCUCUGCUCACCGGUGGCUUCCUUAAGCCAUGGCCCUGGCUGGGGUGGGGCUGGUGCAGCCCAGUUGGUGGAGGGGAGAGGCUUUGGUGACAGAUGGGGAGUGGGGAACUGGCUAUGCAUGGCACCUGCUCUGACCCCGGUGGGCUCCAUGGGUAAUGCAACCUCGGUACCGUGGGCUCUGGAAGGCCACCAGGGUAGGGUCUCCGCAGGGCUCCUCCCCCUGCAUGAGACUCCUGCACACGUGCAAACCUGCUGUCCUCUGCAUUUAGAGGAAUGGCCCUAAAUGCAGGGCCUGCUAGUCUCAGGCCCAACACAGAGCACUGAGAGGCCACAGUGAUUCAGCCCUGUGUCCCGAACACCACUGCCCCCUUCACUGUCUAUGUGGUGAAGACUACGCCACACCACCCUCCAGCUCACUGGAGACAAGCAUGAGCUUGAGCCCCAUGGCCUGGUGCAGGACCGCGUGCAUUGAGGUCACCUCUUUGACGGGUCCAUCCAGGGGGGCCCUCUCCUUUCUGUGAAAGGGAAUCAUCUAUGUGCCCCAGGCACGUGUAAUAAAGAACCUGAGCGAUGCCUCCUGCUUUAACCAGGACCCGCCUGCCUGGGGGGCUGGUGAGACGCCGGCUGUAACUCA